AUGAACACAGAUGAUUUAUGCAAAUUAUGUAAUACAACAGAAGAAAAACUUGUUAAAGUUUUACAAGAUAGAUAUCUUACGAACAAAAUAUACACUAACGCGGGGUUAGUAUUAAUUUCUAUAAAUCCAUAUACAAAUUUAGACUUAUAUGGAAUUAAUAUAAUGAAUGCUUAUUUUAAUUCUACAUCCUGUGAUCCACACAUUUAUGGUGUGUGUGAAAGUGCCUAUCAAGAUAUGAUUUUUUCAGAUCAAACAAUUUUAAUCUCUGGAGAAAGCGGAUCUGGAAAAACAGAAAAUACAAAAUUAUUACAAGAUUAUUUAAUUGUAAGAACAGGUACAAAUAAAGAUUUAAAAGAAAAAAUUGAAGCAUUGACUAUUAUAUUGGAAAGCUUUGGUAAUGCAAAAACUGCUUUAAAUGAUAAUAGUAGUCGUGUAGGUAAAAUGAUAAGCUAUUUUAUAAAUGAAACUAUUCGAGGUAUAAAAGUUAAUACUUUUUUAUUGGAAAAAAGUAGGGUUACACACCAAAACAAAGAUGAAUCAAAUUUUAAUAUAUUUUAUCAACUGUGUACUUAUAAAAAUAUUAAUAUUAAAAAUGACUAUAUUGAUACAACAAAUAGAAAAUGUAAUGAUUAUAAAAAUAUAAAAAAUGCUUUAUAUAAUCUUGGAUUUAGUGAUGUUAAAUUUAUUGAAAAUGUUUUGUUGGUUAUUUUAUACUUUGGAUUUAUGCAAUUUGUCUAUAAAAAUAAAAAAAUAUGCAUAAAAGAUGAGAAGCAUGUAAAUUUUAUUUGUCAAACUUUAAAAAUUGAUCAAAAUCUUUUAGAAAGUGUUUUACUUAAAAAGGAAAUUAAGGUUAAUGAAGAGUUACUUGUAAAAUUUAACACAGUUGAAGAGGCAAUAACAAUAAGAGACAGUAUUAGUAGAUCAUUGUAUGUAAAAAUUUUUGAUUUUAUUGUCCAGAAUGUUAAUACCACUCUUAAUGCUCCAUGUGGACAUUGUAUAAAUAUUUUAGAUAUUUUUGGAUUUGAAAUAUUUAAUCAAAACUCUUUAGAUCAAUUAUGCAUUAAUUAUGCUAAUGAAAAAAUACAAAAUGAUUUUAUACAAAAAAUUUUUGAAAAAAAACAAGAAGAAUAUAAAAAAGAACUCGAAAAUUAUGAAUUUGUGCCAUAUGCCUCAAAUUCUUCUUUAAUUUAUGAAAUGGAAAGAAGAUGUGGUUUGUUUGAUUUAAUUGAUGAAGAAAGUAAAAGCAAGUUUGGGAAUACUGAUAACUUAAGAACAAAAAUCAUGUCAUAUAUAAAAAAAGGUAUAAAAUUUAAAUCUAAUGAUAAAUUAAUUGUUAAACAUUUUGUAAAAGAUGUAGAAUAUGAUAUUAAUAAUUUUAUAACAAAAAAUAGAGAAGUGAAAAUUCAAAAAGAUAUUUUUAAAAAUGUAUUUAACUUAAGUUCAAACAAUACAACUGUUAUCAGUUCAUUUUUCUGCUCACUUAAAAAUUUACUUCAAAUUAUUAACAGUACACAAGUUAAAUAUAUAAGAUGUAUAAAACCUAAUGAAUGUAAAUCUAAUUCUUUUGAUAGAAAAAUAGUGUAUAAUCAAUUAGUAAAUACAGGAAUUUUAGAAGUUAUUAAGAUUAAUAGGCAGAUUUUCACCUAUGAAAUGAACAAAGUUGAAUGGUAUAAAAAAUAUCUUAAAUAUAAAAAAGUUAUAGAAGGAAAAACUAAAGUUUAUUUUAAUACCGAUGUAAAGAUAGGGAUUGAAUCAGUUGAAAGACUUAUAGAUAGUCGAAAAAAUAAGGUUUUAGAAUGGUUUAUAAGAAAGUUAAUAGAUAAAAAAGAAGGAAUAAAUAAAUGGUUUUCUAAUUCUGACACUGGUGUGGAACAAGAGAUAGUCGCUAUUGAACAAAAUAUUAAUAACAAACAAUUAAAAGAAAGUUAUUCUAAUUUGAUUUGUGAACAAUCUGAAACAAUUAAAGAAUUUGUUGAAGAUAAAUCGAAUAUAAAUAUAUUUCCAAACAUUGAAAUGUGCGAAAUAGAUGGAAAUUUGGAAAAUUCGAAAAAAGAUGGAAUCAAAUUUAAUGAUCAAUCUAAAAUAAAAAAAUUAAGUACAUUAGAAGAUAUGAUUAGCGAUUUGUUUGAUGAAAAUGAAGAUGAAAGUUUAUUUUUGAUUAAUUCAAACAAAAACAUGCCUGAGAAAGAAUCUAUAAAUGAACAUAUUCCUACUAGUUCUAAUAACAAGCACUCCAUUGAUAUUUUUAAUGUAGAAGACACGAGAUGUGAGGAUAAAACAGAAGACUCUAAGAGCAGUAUAACAGAACAGAUUGAAAUAAAAUCAUGUGAUAUAGAAAACAAAGAUACUGCUGAACAAAAAGAAAUUUUAAUUUCUGAAAUAAAUAAACAAUCAGUAAAUGAUGUUAUAAUAGAUAUAGAUAAAAUAACAAGCGAAUUUCAUCCAGUUGAUGUAUCAGAACCAAUAGCAUCUGUAGAGGUAUCAGAACAAAUAGUUCCUGUAGAGGCGCCAGAACCAAUAGCAUCUGUAGAGGUAAUAGAACCAAUAGCACCUGUAGAGGCACCAGAACCAGUGGUUCCUGUAGAGGCAUUAGAACCAAUAGCAUCUGUAGAGGUAUCAGAACCAAUAGCACCUGUAGAGGCACCAGAACCAGUGGUUCCUGUAGAGGCACCAGAAUCAAUAGCACUUGUAGAGGUAUUAGAACCAGUGGUUCCUGUAGAGGCAUCAGAAACAGUGGUUGAUAAGCAUUUUCCUGACGACAUUCCAGAAACACUUUUGAUUGAAAAUAACGAUAAUUUAAAAAUUGAAAAUCAACAACAUGAUAUUUUAUACGAUCGACCAAACCUAGAUAUUGUACCUUCAACCAGUUCUUGCCUUAAUUGUGAGAAUUUAAAUUUAAAAUAUAAGUUUGUAAGUGAAGCCUUGAAGGAAGCAAAUCUCAGACUAUCAGAAUUAAAUUAUGGAUUUUUAGAAAAUGCAUCAAGUCUUUUUAGUAAGCUAUUUUUUAUCUACCUUGAUAAUAUUCCAGUAUCUGAAUCAUGUCCUAGAUCUGAGUGUUUGUCGUUUGCACAUGCUGCCUUUUUAAUAACCAGGCGAUCUAAUAAAAAUAUCAAGGAAGCAGUUUCGGUUUUUACAGAAGAAAUAUCACUACGGUUAAAGUUUUUUGAGAGAAAUAUUGAUCAUGUUGUGUUCUUUUUAAGUAAUCUGAUUGAAUAUUCAAAAUUAGUUGGAGUAAAUAACGAUUUAAAUGAUUUAAUACAUACACUUCAUGUAUAUUUAUCAGAAUAUUAUCUUGAUAAUUUGAGGGAGUACAUCCCUUUUUCUAUUACAGAACAUCAAGAAUUAUCCAAUUUCAGAUGUAGUGAUUCUUUUAUAAAAAAAAUAUUUAAGCCUGUGAGUCCAAUAAAAUUAAUAAAAACGUUAGAUAACAUUUAUUCACAGUUAAAUUUUUACUAUUUAGAUGAAGAUUACAAGAUUUCCAUUCUUAAUUUUCUACUAGAUAACAUUAAUACGGGAAUAUUUAACAAUUUAUUGAUUAAGAAAAACUUUUUAAAUUUUAAUAGAUGUAUACAAAUAAAUUACAAUCUUAAUAAAAUAUUUACAUGGCUUAGGAAAAUUAGUUAUGUUAAGGGAAUAGAUAACUUUAAACAUACAUUAGAAGUUAUUAAGUUAGUAAAUUUUUGUGCUUCUGGUGAUGUUAAGACAGAUGGUGUUUAUAAAAAUUUUGAUUUAUUGACGGUAGCACAAAUUAAUACAUUUUUGAUAAAAAUGGGAUUUAAAAGCGAAGAUGUCAAGGAAAAUGUUUUUAUUACAGGUAAACCACUAGCAACAGAAAUUAGAGUUAAUCGAAUUGAAGAGAAUUUUGUUGUACCCAGGUAUAUUGAUGGUUCUGAUUUAGAAUUUGUAUUUAAAUAA